AUGGGUUCACACAUGCCGGACAGUACUGCCAUGCAAUUAAUGAUGAAACCUACCGGUGCUGACGAGGUUGAUGGCUACCGGCAGCCCUACCGGUGGACGGGUGACCUGGAGUCUAUUAUUGUGCUAGGUAGUAUACUAGCCGUAUUUCUAGUAUCACGUAGCCACAUAAAUGAACUACGUCAUUUGCUUGAUGAAACACAAACUCGCCUUGAUGAACUUGAAAGCCAAAAUAACCUUGGCAAUAAUAAACAACUUCAACAAAUCACCAACAACAAACAGUACAUCGAAUUACUACAAAAGGACAUUGCUGAACUUCAAGAUGAACAAGUACCUAUUGGAUUUAUAUACGUCCAAUACCCUGGUCAACUGGAUCCGGACACAAUAUGGCCUAAACUGAACUGGGAAAACGUUACACCAAAAUACGCAGGGCUAUUUUUCCGGGCUGAGGGCGGCAAUAGUAUCGCAUUUGAUAACGAUAUUGAGCAAGAUGAAAAUUCACCAAGACCUGGUACAUGGAGCAAGGACCUAUUUACUGGCAAACAGGACGGCCUUGUACUGGUUAAACCUCACGACCCCCUGACAUAUACCAUGAAGUUUAUGGUGUCCGGGGGUGAGGUUAGGCCACGUAAUAGGGCUGUCCGUAUAUGGAAACGCGUGGAGUGA